GUUCGGGCUCUUCGGUUGCGAGUUGAAGCUGCGACCGGCUCUGAGGUUUUCAGAGCAUCUGCAGGCUGUGACACCUGAAGCCUUGUUGGCCUUGGACCUCAGCGUGCUUGCUCAGCAACGGCUUGAGACGGGUGAUUUCCAUUUGCCUCCAUCAACUGAGUAUUACGGCCCUACAAGAAUGGCCCGAAGAGCUGUGAGAGAAGAUCCAAUUGACAGUGAGUUUAUCCGGCAGGCAGCCGGGGCUGUUGACAAGACUAGAGCAACAGCCGCAGUUUUGACAGAUUCGCCAAGUGCCUCAGCAACAUGGAGAAGCUCUGCUUUCUUGGUCAAAUGCCGAGAGCACGGCUUUAUGGUCGUUUUCCCUUUGAGUUCAGAGAUCGAGGAUGCCCUCAACGCCUUUGUGGUUGGAGCAGACUCCGAAUCAGUCAUCCUUUUCGAAGUGAUUGUGGACAUGAUUUCAGCCCGAGGCCGUGCACUGGAAGCUCAGCCUGUUUUGCUAGCAGACCUGCCGUGGGCGUACUUAGACCUCUUCCGAAAGGGUCCUGGCAAAAGACAUCUGCGCCUGAUAGCCUUCUCUUCUCAAGGAGUUACGGCACGCCCUGUCGGCUCUUCAGUCGACGAUGCGGCGGCUGGCUGGGUGCAUACUAUGUUAAGUCCAGAGACUGCCGACGAAUAUGCGACGGCCUUCGAAGCUGGCGCAGAAGACAUCGACGGUGCACCUUUGUCAGACGAUCCAGCGCAGGAGGCCGCAGGGCAUUCACCGGCCGAUCAGAUUUUCGAGCUGCAGACUCAAGUCGCUCAGUUGAAAAGUAUGUUGGAAGGACAAGCUGCAGGGCGCGACCUUCGGCCUCUCGGAGGACAAGCUCAGCAACGAGUCCCCGGGAUCUUCGAGCAAAGUCCUGGACCUCAGACUCUCUCAACUGCAGAACUGGUUCGUUUGCAGCAAGCCGCAGGGCCGCCUCCCCGACGUCUGGGUCGCAGCGAACAAGUGGGGCUCCAUGCUUCUACUCCUCAGGCAGUGGCCGACACAAUGCUGGAGGCCGAACAAGAUCGUGGCGUUAUCGACUUGGAAACCGAGCAGCAGCAGCUCACUCAAGAAGUGCAAGCGGCAUUGGGCUCGACCAACGACCCAAUGCAGAAGAUGCUUCUGCUCCAGCUCAAGCAAACGACAGACCUUGUCAAGACCCUAGCGGGCAGGCAGCCUGCCGACCCCCUGACUGCAAUGUUGUCCGCCUCGGACAGCGCCAGCGGCAGCUCCGGAGGAAGUGGCGUCUCAGUCAAAGGUCUGGCGGCUCGGGAGAUGUUUCUGAAACAGCUUCAGGACGACACCAAGAUAGCAGAUCUAGUGCGAAGCAAUGCCAAAGCCGAGCUGGGCUUGGGCUCUUCCGUCAGCGACAGUGCCCUCUUCAAGCUAUACCUGGAACAGAGGAUUCCCAUCGGCGACCACAAGACAUUUGCUCAGAUGGGUUACAUCCUAGCUGCAGGUUGGGAAAUUGGAACCAACACUUCCAACGUCCCCUUGAUGGCUUUCUGUGGACGGAUGAUGAUGUUCAUAGAACAGGCAUGUCUAGAUGGCGGUCGGACGAGCUUAGCUUGGCUGAUGACUGGACUGGCAGAACCAAACUUCCAGCAGCUGGCAUUGAACCGAAAGCGAUCGACGUUGACUCCUUUCAGCCGUCUGGCCCCAGCUCCUUGGGUGGCGGCCAACGUGGGGUAUCUGAAGGACGUCGAGCUCUUCGAGUCCAAGCUCCGGACGUUAGGUGUCAGUCGGCCACCCAUCCAGUCAGGCAAGGACACAGAUCUCGAAGAACGGGAAAGCAGACCAAAAGUGAAACCCAAGAAGCCCAAAGGUGAGUGUUACAGUGAUGACCAAAUCAAAAUCCUUGAGUGUCUCGAGCGGCACAUUGACCACUUUUGCGACGUUGCGGCAUUUGAUCCGGACGAUCUCGGCCGUUUUGGGGAAAAAUUCAGUGCCAUUCACAGUGCCUUGCAGGAACUGCCGCAGCAUGCGGAUGUGGACCUUGAAGUUCUGUUGCAAUCAAUUAGUCAGGGUUUUGAUGCUUACACUUCAUAUGAACCUCCGCAUUUUGCGGCAGAUCCGAACCAGGAACCAGAUUCUCAGGAUUGUCAGUAUGAACCAGCCCAUGUCCCCAUCAAGAACUUAGGCAAAGCUAGGCGACACCAGACUCGUGGUACUUUGUUGGGUGCUGACUUGGAUGGGGUCAAGGGUCGUGUCAGUGUUGAGCCUCCUACGAAAGCAGUCCCGCUGUGGCUGCACCAGCUUCUUGGGGGCGACUAUCGCGCUUUUGAUCUCGUCUGCCAGUCGGCAGGCUAUCCGAAGCUGCUCGGGAGAUGGGUCCGUUUGCUGCUUCUCCUUGCCGGAGACAUUGAAAGGAAUCCGGGGCCUAGCCGAACCGGCCAACCCAGAGGGGAUUUAGAUCUCUCCGUUGGUUUUUGCAAGAUCACAGCCAAUCGCAUGACAAAAUGCUUAGAAGCUUUUGCACGCUGGCUCGACGUUGAUUUGCACUUGAAUUUUGAUACGGUAGUGGCGGAUGCACAACAUACUGCUUUAGCCUUACGUGCCUACGGCAUGCAUCUAUAUAAGCACGGGUUUCCCAGGUACAUGUUUGUAUACGCAUUGACUGCAAUCCAAGACCAAUAUCCUCAGCACAGACCUUUUCUUAGCGGAGCUUGGCAUAUUGACCGGAAGUGGCAGGUUGCAGAGCCAGGGCGUUGCCGCCCAGUCCUGUCACUUCCUAUGUUCAGAGCUGCACUAUGUUUAUCCUUGCUAUGGGGUUGGCCACGAUGGACGGCAGUCACUAUGCUUGCUUUUUCAGGUAUGCUGCACCCAGCUGAAUUUAUUCAGCUGACCCGUCGCGAUUUGAUGUUGCCACGAGACACAGCGCAUACUGUCUCAGUUUUGUAUAUCCAUCUCCGAAGUCCGAAAACCUUCCGGUUUGCCCGGCAGCAACAUGUGAAGAUCUCUGAUCCUGAUAUCAUAUCUUUUGUUGACUCACUGUUUGGGACUGCUCCGUUGGAUCUGUGGGCUCGAGUUCGCACCCUUGAGUUUUACCUUCAGGAAGUUGCAGCGCAGGUUCUCCAUCACAGUUUGAGUUCCGAAGCCCAGAGCCUCAUUGAUACCCUGAACAAUGCAUGCUUUGGAGUUUUUACCAAUUUUCUGCAUGAGCGAGCGAUGAAGCUUGCAGCGCAGGUUCCCAGGAGUGGAUAA